AUGCUCGAUCACGUUUCAAUAUCCCACCAGAGCGGCCUCAUCCUAUGGUCUCGGUCGUUCACGCCCGCGUUCGCUUCUUUGGCACAGACGCCCGCUUCGCCCGUGAACGCUCUGGUGCGGGAAGUCUUCAUAGAAGGAAAAGUACGAGGUGAAGACGCGAGCUUUGAGCGGGACGGCUAUAAUGUCCGGUGGACUAUGGAGAAUGGGCUAGGGCUUGUCUUUGUAGUCGUCUUCCCAGCUCUCCUACCGCUCACAUAUAUCCCCGCCCUCCUGACACGAACGAAGCAGCUCUUCCUAUCGCUAUUCCAGCAGUACAUCCAGACUCUGGUGGAUACGCUCUCGGCUACUUCGGGUGUCUUGACGGAAGCCGCGGGAUCGGCUCUUAGGGUGCUACAGCAGCGUAUGGACGAUGAGAGAUGGGCGCAGAUCUUUGACCGUUGUCUGCGGAAUUGCGAGGGAGACCAAGCUCGGAGACCAGCUCAAACGCCUAUAUCGCUGCACCGCCAAGCGCAGCUCUCCGCCGCAUCUGGCGCUUCUACCCCCGGCGUCCCAGAUACUCCCACCGACUCGGUCACCGCCGAAGAGAUUGCCAAAAAUGUCGAAGCUCUCAAGUCCAAGAUGAAAGGCGGUCGCGGCAAGGGCGGGAAGGGGACGGGGCAGACGCCCUCCCCCUCCCCCUCCCGCAAGACCGGGGCCGCCGCCAAGCUUAUGCGCAAGUGGGGCGACUCGCAAGUCUCCGCGGGCGACAUGGCGGCUUUGGAUUACUCGACGCCUGCGCCGGAAACGCCGAAUGGGCAGGGAACGCCUAUUGACGUCGAGGCGCUGGUGUCGAGGGAUGCGAUGGGUCAGAGGAGUAAAGAUGGGCAGUACGAGGUGGCGGACUGGGACUUCCGUGGAGGGAAGCGUGCGGCGGCGGAGGAUCUACCGUCAGAGGAGGAGAUUUUGGCGAGGGGGACGAGCAGGUUGACGAUUGACGAUAAGGAGGAUAAGGAGGAGGUAGCGGGAAGUAGCUGGAGUGGCAUCUUCUCGAGGUUGACGGGAAGCAAGGUCUUGUCGAAGCAGGAUCUACAGCCGGUAUUGGCGGAGAUGGAGAAGCAUCUGAUGGACAAGAAUGUCGCAAAGGAUAUCUCGGAGAAGAUGUGCGAUUCGGUCGGUGCGGCUCUGGUCGGGAAGAAGCUCGGCGGGUUGUCGAGUGUCAAGAGCGAAGUCCAAUCCUCCCUUUCUUCCGCGCUCACCCGUGUCCUCACACCUAAGACAUCUACCGAUCUCCUCCUCGACAUUCAGCGUAAACGCUCCGCUUCCACUGUGUCAUACGACAAUGCGCUGCCCGACCCCUACACGCUCACCUUUGUCGGCGUCAAUGGCGUCGGCAAGUCCACGAACCUGUCCAAGGUCUGCUUCUGGCUCCUCCAGAAUGGCCUGCGCGUCCUCAUCGCCGCAUGCGACACGUUCCGGUCAGGCGCGGUGGAGCAGCUGCGGGUGCAUGUGCGGAAUCUGGGCGCACUGCAGGAUGAGCUGGGCGUAGGGGAGAAGAAGGUCGAAUUGUACGAGAGGGGGUAUGGGAAGGACGCGGCAGGCAUUGCCAAGGAUGCUAUAACUUAUGCCAAGGAGAACAAGUUUGAUGUCGUCCUGAUUGAUACAGCUGGGCGGAUGCAGGAUAAUGAGCCGCUCAUGCGGGCUUUGGCCAAGCUCGUGACCGUAAACAACCCGGACAAGAUCAUCUUUGUCGGCGAAGCUCUGGUCGGAAAUGAGGCCGUCGACCAACUUACCAAGUUUGACCGCGCCCUGAAAGACUUUUCUGGCGCCGGUACAGGCGGCGGCCAGAGGAAGCGGGGUAUAGAUGGAAUUAUCUUGACCAAGUUUGAUACCAUCGACGACAAGGUGGGCGCGGCACUGUCGAUGACCUAUGUCACGGGACAGCCUAUCCUGUUUGUGGGGUGUGGACAGACGUAUACCGAUCUGAGGCAGUUGAGGGUCAAUCAUAUAGUCCAAGCGCUGUUGAACUAG